UGGGGGAAAGUGCCGGCGCCUCCGCCACCUGGGAAAGCCGCUCCGCAGCGCCGAGGCCAGUAGCCACCCAAGACACCUGGGGGAGCCCGGAGCACGCACUGGGGCGCGCGGCGCGGGGCAUGAGGCUGUGAAAGCCACCCCUCCCCACCCCGCCCCCCGGCAGCCCAGCGCCAGGCCGGCGAUACCCAAGGACUUGACCGGCUGAGUCUUGGUCCGGACCGGACUCGCCCGGCGGCGGCCGAGAUCAGAGGCGGAGCGCAGCGGCGGGGCCCGGGGGCCCGAGGGCCGGGGGCCCAGAGGGAGGGCAGGGCGGCCGGAGCCGCCGGGCGCUAUGAUGGUGCACUGUGCCGGUUGCGAGCGGCCCAUCCUCGACCGCUUUCUCCUGAACGUGCUGGACCGCGCGUGGCACAUCAAAUGCGUUCAGUGCUGCGAGUGCAAGACCAAUCUCUCGGAGAAGUGCUUCUCGCGCGAGGGCAAGCUCUACUGCAAAAAUGACUUCUUCAGGCGCUUUGGCACUAAGUGCGCAGGCUGCGCGCAAGGCAUCUCGCCCAGCGACCUGGUGCGCAAGGCCCGGAGCAAAGUCUUCCACCUCAACUGCUUCACCUGCAUGGUGUGCAACAAGCAGCUGUCCACGGGUGAGGAGCUGUACGUCAUCGACGAGAACAAGUUCGUGUGCAAGGAUGACUACCUGAGCUCCUCCAGCCUCAAGGAGGGCAGCCUCAACUCAGUGUCCUCCUGUACGGACCGCAGUCUGUCCCCAGACCUCCAGGACCCUCUCCAGGACGACCCCAAGGAGACGGACAAUUCGACGUCAUCGGACAAGGAGACGGCCAACAACGAGAACGAGGAGCAGAACUCGGGCACUAAGCGGCGCGGCCCGCGCACCACCAUCAAAGCCAAGCAGCUGGAGACGCUCAAGGCUGCCUUUGCCGCCACGCCCAAGCCCACGCGCCACAUCCGCGAACAGUUGGCGCAGGAGACCGGCCUCAACAUGCGCGUCAUCCAGGUGUGGUUCCAGAACCGAAGGUCCAAAGAACGCCGGAUGAAGCAACUGAGCGCGCUGGGUGCCCGGAGACACGCCUUCUUCCGGAGUCCGAGGCGCAUGCGUCCGCUGGGUGGCCGUUUGGACGAGUCCGAGAUGUUGGGGUCCACUCCGUACACCUACUAUGGAGACGGCGUUUGUUCCUAUUACCUCCGGCCCGGCCGCCAUAUGGGCGGAGGCGGCGCGCUGCGCGCGGGGGCUGCGGCCCUGGCUGCUUGGUUCACCGACAUGAUCUCGCACCCGGACACGCCGAGCCCCGAGCCGGGCCUGCCCGGCGCGCUGCACCCCCUGCCCGGCGAGGUGUUCAGCGGCGGGCCCAGCCCUCCGUUCCCCAUGAGCGGCGCCAGCGGCUACAGCGGACCCCUGUCGCAUCCCAACCCCGAGCUCAACGAGGCCGCCGUGUGGUAAGGCCGCCGGGUCGGGCCGCCCCCGGACGCAGCCGCGCGGACCGACACGCCGCCCUCGGGGUUCCCUCUCGGGGCCGCACGCAGAGGCAGCGGCUCCUCGGCCGGGGGUGCAGGGGGCGCCCCGGCGUCCCCACCCCGACCCCGCGGGGCUCUCCCGGCGGCGCGAGCGGCGCUCGGGACCAAAGUCAACCCUUCGGAGGGUCGAGAGACUCCAAGCACACGCUCUGGACUCCCCGAUCCCCGCCAUCACCACCUCUUCGGACCGAGAGAGGGUUGAGGCCAAGGGGCGAAGCUGAUUUCCCCAACCCCGUCCCCUCUGCCAUUCGCGGGCACUGGGUAACCUUAUUUCUCGCUCCGCUUUCCCCGUCUUUAAAACAGGAUGAUAAGAAAAAGAGAGAUGGAAGAGAGAGCGAGGGAAGGGAGCAAAAUGAGGAAGAGAGAAGAUAGAGAGAGAGCGCGAGGAGCGCGCUCGGGGUUGGAGGGCGGGUGGCACCGGGAGGAAAAAGAAUCCGCCUGCGCGUGGGCGCCCCCUGGUGGCCACGCUUGAGGAUCAAGGUCAGCUUUCUUGGAAGGGGGCGGUCCGGACCUCGUGGCCCCGGGCCGGGCACACCCCCCACCCCCCCAUCCCCUUGCUCUACCCUUCCUUCCUUGGACAUUUAUUGCGAGCCCGGGGGUCCAGGCCAGUCUGGAACACUCGCCCACCCUGCUCUCCCCUGGCAAAGCAAGGCGCCAAGAUUUCCCGAGCUCAUGCCCGCAGACCACCCCUCCCUGCCCGGGGCCUCGAGGCUGGGCCGUCAGGAUGUACAGUAUUAUACUUUUUUGGAAGUCGAACGCUUCUAGUUUCCUUAUUUUGUAUAAAGAAGAAACAAAUAAAGUAUGUUUUUGUGUUUACUGUUUAUUUAUUGUACUCUAGUUAUCCGGGGUUGGACAUUUUUAUAUUUUUA